AUGUUAUGGUCAAAUUAUUUUCCUAAAUAUUCAAUGCCUCGUUAUCGUUUUCAAGAUUAUAAACCAUAUUAUUCAACAAUAUCUCGUAAUGCUGUAUCAUUAUCACCAUAUCGUAAAACACAUUAUUUAGAUACAUCGGAUGAAGAAAUAAUUAAAGAAGAAAUUAUCGAAAUAACCUAUCUUGAUCAUUAUCCAACAUUACUUGAACGUUGGGGUGAUGAUACGAAAACUGUGACUCGAGAAGAAGGUGAAUUUAAAAUUGAAGAUUAUGUAGAAUUUGAAGAAAUUGAACCAACAAUAACAGAAGAUAUAUCUUAUGAAAUAACCUAUUCAGGUGAUAUUAUUCAAUCAACUAUAGAAACUCAUCAUACACGUUCGGAAUCUCGAAACUUUCGUAAAAUUAAAAAACGACGUACAAAACGUAAACGAACAACAAAAUUAUUUAAUUUAUCAGAUAAAAAUAAUUCAAUCAUUCAUACUGGUGAUACUAUUAGUAAUCUUAAUCAGAAUUUAUCCGGUGAUACACAACGACAACAACAACUAACUGAUGAUACUCCUACGCAUGAAAUUAAUCAUUCAGAUAUCAAUGAUGAUCGAUUUGUUCAUAUCGUUAAAAAGACAUCACAAGAAUCGACUGAAAGAAAUAAAGAUUCGUUAGAUAAAAUAAAAGAACAAACGAAUGAAUCACAUACAUCAUCUUUUAUAUCAACACAAAAAUAUGAUAAUCAUGAACAACUCAUUUCAAUAUCAAAAUCAUCAAUCAAUCAAUCAAAUAAAGAUCAAACAGAAUCCCAGUUGGAUUCCAUAAUAACAAAAAUUAAUCAAAAGAUUGUUUCGGAUGAGAAAAAAAUAGAUUCGAUUAAAACUCAACCAUUAAAUAUGCACAAAAUCGACGAUGAUAUUAUUAAAGAAGAACUUAAAUUACGAUCAAUCGAUGAAGAAAAUAGGUCUCAUAAUGAAUGCAAUCGUCAAUCAUUAACUCCGACUGAACAAGCAAUCGCGCAUAGUCAUAAUGAAAAUUUUCAAUCAUUUUUAAAUUCAGAUAUAUCAAAUUCAGUCAAAGAAAAUAAUAAUUUAUUUACGUAUAAAACUAAAUCAAAUGAUUCAUCUAUCGAUAUUACUCAAAAGACGAAGUCUAUUCCGAUGCAAUCAUUAUCGAACAUGGAAGAACAGUUCAAUUCAACCAGAACUGAACAAACAUCUAUAGAACCUACAACGGCAAUCAAUAAAUUAAAAGCUAAUGAUGAUGAUGCGAAUGUAAAACUUUCGUCAGAUUCUCCUGUUAAUAUAGUUCGUCAGAUUAAAGAUACAACACUUCCUAUUCAUCAUGCAUCAAUUGAACAUACCAAACAAGAUGUUACUAAUUCAACAAAUAAUUUAUUAACUAAAACUUUUUCUUCGAAUGAAAUGAAACAAGAAAACAUUUAUGAAGAUAAAACAAAUGUCAAUGAUUCUAAACAUAUUCUUCCUACAUCAACUACAUCUGUCAUACAUAAAGAUAUUAAAUCAUCAUCGAAUUCUUUUACAAACAAUAUUCCUACUUCCUCUAUGCAAUCAGAUAUAAUCAAUACUCCAAUUAAUCCUAAAUUAACAAAUUUGAAUGCUGAUCACGAUUUAAUAAAUUCCAUCAAUGAACCAUCUUAUUCAACGUAUGAACAAACAAAUAUCAUGAAUAAUAUUUUUAAUCCUCCCACAAGCACAAGUUCAUCAUAUUUUAUUAAUACUGAUAGAUUCAUAGAAACAGAGUCAGAUUAUGGAGAUUUAUAUCAAGAUCAUUAUUUUCCAACGAAUACAAUUCAAGAUACAUUAUUAGAUUUUAUUUCGAUCGAUGAUGAAUCAUUAAGUGAAAAACAAGAUCUACCUGAUUUAAAUAAAAUUUAUUAUGAAUUAAAAGAACAACGUUAUGUUGCAACAUUAACUAAUGAUACAAAUAAAGAACAAACAGAAAAUGAUGAUAUUGAAUCUUUUAAUUUAGACACAUUAUCUUCUAUUUCAAACUUACCGUUCAACGGAUACCGUCAAGUAUUUGGUAUCUAUAAUGAAGGUACUAAUACAGUCGAUGAUUCAACAUCUUAUAUUUCACAAAAUACUCAUCCUGACUUGAACAUUCGACGACAGCAACAACAACUUAAAACAGAAUUAUCUCAGACAUCAUUACAAUCACCUAUAAACAAUGACCAAUAUCAAUCUCAACAAUCCGAUGUUGCUAUACAUUCGACUGCAGCUCGUGCCUCUUCGGAUGAAAAAUCUCCUGUCAAAAAAUUCUCAUCUUCUUUAUCUAAUAAAUUAAUUAAUAAUGCUCAAUCAGACGAUUCAAUUCAUGGAACCGACGAAAGAAUUACAAAUGAUUCAUAUGAACAGAUCAAAUCAACACAAAUACAAUCACAACUCAUCCCUUCUAGCACUCCCUGGUCUUCAAAUCAACAUACAGUAGCUACUACCGAAUCUCAACGACUCCUAUCAACUUCUCCUGAUGAACAACACAAUCAAGCUCCACAAUCAUCAUUACAUCAACAACUACAAAUUAUCAAUGAUGAAUAUCCAUGGUGUUCCAGUUAUUAUACUAUUAUUGAUGCUGAAUCAAAUCUUGAUCGCUUUUAUAAUCAGCUGCUUGUCAAUGAACAAUCAUCUGUUUCAACAACUGUCAACAAUCAGAAUGAAGAUCUUAAUACACAAAACAAAAAAACACAGGAUGAUGAUAAUGAUGAUGGAUUUCAUAUUGUACAACGACGUAAACGUAUACCUUCAUCUACAACACAUGAACAAUCAGUAUCAUCAUCUACGAUGACCACUAAAUCACCACUUAGUCCUGAUAUUGAUGUUGAACCAAUAAUUAUCCAUGGAAAUCCCAAUGUAACAGUACCUAUUCUACCAAUAAUUGAACAAACUACUGAUAGAAGUAGUAAGAAAAAACAAAAGAAAAAGAAAAAAGAUAAAAUUGAUGUGAUUUUAUUUGAUGCUCCUGAAUUAACUUUAUCAGAUAUGAACAAAAAGACAAAUGACAAUAUGAAAUCUUCAACAGCCCAAGAAGAAGAACAACAACAACAACAACAAGAAAAUGAAAGAUUGAAGUAUGAGGAUGAAAAACUAUAUAAAAAAUCACCUGUACAUCCAAAUGAACAACAACAAAAGUUAUAUAUACAAAAACUACAUACUCCUAUACAAUCGCAACAUUUUUCAACUUCUCUAGAUGAACAAUACAAUCAAGCUCAACAACUACAAGUUAUAAAUGACGACUACUCAUGGUAUUCAAGUCAUUAUAGUAUUAUUGAUGCUGAAUCAAAUCUUAAUCGCUUUUACAGUCAACUAAAUCCUCCUAAAGAACAAUCAUCAACUCCACCAACUGCCAACAUAAAAAACAGCAAAACAGAAGAUGAUCAUGAUGAAUUUCAUAUUGUACAACGUCGUAAACGUAUACCUUCAUCCACGACACAUGAUAAAUCUUCAUCAUCAUCUACGUUAACCAAUAUAUCACCACUUAGUCCUGAUAUUGAUCUUGAACCAUUUAUUCUUCAUGGAAAUCCCAAUAUAUCACUACCUGCUCCAUCAAUUAUUGAACAAACUACUGACAGAGGUAGUAAGAAAAAACAAAAGAAAAAGAAGCACGAGAAAACUGAAACAGUAUUAUUCGAUGCUCCUGAAUUAGUUUUAUCAAGUAUGAACAAGGACACAAACAACGCUUUGAAAACAUCAACAGUAAAAGAAGAAAAACAACAAGAAAAUGAAAUACAAUAUAAAGAAUCAUCUGUACACCCUAAUAAACAACAACAAGAGUCAUAUAUACAAAAAUUACCUACUCCUAUUGAAUCUCAGCAUCCCGUCUCAGCUCACCAACAACUACAAGUUAUGAAUGAUGACUACUCAUCGUAUUCAAGUCAUUAUAGUAUUAUUGAUGCUGAAACAAAUCUUGGCCGCUUUUACGAUCAGCCGCUUGCCAAUGAACAAUCAUCAGUUCCAACAACUACCACCAGUCAGAAUGAAGAUCUCAAUACACAAAACAACAAAACAGAAGAUUAUGGUGAUGAUGAUGGAUUUUAUAUUGUACAGCGUCGUAAACGUAUACCUUCAUCGACAACACAUGAUCAAUCACUGUCAUCAUCUACGGCUAUUACUAGACCAGCAGUGCCACGAGUUAGUCCUGAUAUAGAUCUUAGACCAGCCAUCCUUCACGGAAAUCGCGGUAUAUCGGUACCUAUUGCACCAAUGAUGGAACACACUACCGAUAGAAGUAGUAAGAAAAAACAGAAAAAAAAGAAGAAUGAAAAAAAUGAUACGAUAUUAUAUGAUACUCCUGAAUUAAUUUUGUCAAAUAUGGACACAAACACGAACAACGCUACGAAAUCACCAACAACAAAAGAAGAAGAGCGAAAAGAAAAUGAAAGAUUGAAGCAUGAAGAUGAAAAACAAUAUAAAGAAUCAUCUAUUCGGUACUCAAAUCAGAACAAAGUAGCUCCUACGGAAUCUCAACGACUCUUAUCAACUUCUCCUGCUGAAAAAUACAAUCAGACUCAACAACAACUACAAGUUAUGAAUGAUGAUUAUUCAUGGUAUUCAAGUCAUUAUAGUAUUAUUGAUGCCGAAACUAAUCUUGAUCGAUUUUACAAUCAACUAAAUCCUCCUAAGGAACAAUCAUUAGUUGCAACAACUGUUAACAAUAAGAACGAAGAUCUCAUCAUACAAAACAACAAACAACAAGAUGAUGAUGAUGAUGAAUUUCAUAUUGUACAACGUCGUAAACGUAUACCUUCAUCAACAACACAUGAUAAAACAUUAGCAUCAUCUACGAUGACCACUAAACUACCAGUUAGUCCAGAUAUUGAUCUAGAACCAUUUAUUCUUCAUGGAAAUCCCAAUAUAUCACUACCUAUUCCACCAAUUGUUGAACAAACUACUGAUAGAGGUAGUAAGAAAAAACAAAAGAAAAAAAAGCAUGAGAAAAUUGAAACGAUAUUAUUCGAUGCUCCUGAAUUAGUUUUAUCAAGUAUGAACAAGGACAUAAACAACGCUUUGAAAACAUCAACAGUGAAAAAGGAAGAAAGUCAAAGCAAUGGUAAACCAAUUGACUUAGGUUUAAGGAACGACAGUUUUCAGUUGACUACCACACAAACUUUGCAAGAUUCUGUAUCAACUGUUAUUCUUGUUGAUAGACCUGGUUCAGAUACUUCAUCAAAGAAUGAGUUAGAUCUUCGAUAUUCGUUACUACUUGAUCAUCUUGAUACUAUUAUUCAACCAAUACUUAAAUCAUCACCAUCAGAGACGACUGAAAAUCAAUUGAAAUCAUCAAAAAUUGAAUCAAAUACUUAUCCACAUCAAGAGAAACAAGAAUCAAUCUAUGACAGGAUUUCUAGUGUCAAGGAAUCUUUGCAACAUUUUAUUGAAGAUAUUCGACUAACUAAAGCAAAUAAGGAAAAAGAAGGUGAAGAUGCUACAAAUACUAUUGCACACCAACAAGCUCCGAUACCAACUACUCUAGCAACAAAUUUAUCAACUGUAUUGACGGGUACCAGAUCAGAGAAUACUAAGGUAUCCACAAAUGUCGAAGAAGAAGAAUAUGCAACCGAAAAAUUCCUUCGAUCAUUGGAGUCUUUGAAACAUACAAGUAAAAAUAAAUCUAUCCAAAAGGAUAGACUGUCAAAUGUACAGAAUCUACAAUCGAUAUCUACUACUUCAACCACUGAUGCUGCUCGAAAACCAGAAAAAUUUGAAAAAACACUUCAAUCAUCAUUCAGUGAUACACAAGAUCAUCACGGUAUAUCUGAUGCAGUUACCACUACUAUAUCAAAUGUCAAAGACGUACUAGCCAAUCUUACCUUUUCGAACGAGAAAAGCAAGGACGUUAAGAAAAAGAAAAAAUCUGUUAACAAUUCAUACGAACAGAACAGAUCAACACAAGAACAACUAACACAAAUACAAUCACAACUCAUCCCUUCUAGCUCUCCUUGGUAUUCGAAUCAAUACAAAGUAACUCCUUCUGAAUCUCAACGACUCUUAUCAACUUCUCCUGAUGAAAAAUACAAUCAACGUCAACAACAACUACAAGUUAUGAAUGAUGACUAUUCAUGGUAUUCAAGUCAUUAUAGUAUUAUUGAUGCUGAAUCCAAUCUUGAUCGCUUUUACCGUCAACUAAAUACUCCUAAGAAACAAUCAUCAGUUGCAACAACUGUUAAAAUUCAGAAGGAAGAUCUCAAUACACAAAAGAACAAAACAGAAGAUUAUGGUGAUGAUGAUGGAUUCUAUAUUGUACAACGUCGUAAACGUAUACCUUCAUCCACGACACAUGAUAAAUCUUCAUCAUCAUCUACGUUAACCAAUAUAUCACCACUUAGUCCUGAUAUUGAUCUAGAACCAUUUAUUCUUCAUGGAAACCCCAAUAUAUCACUACCUGCUCCAUCAAUUAUUGAACAAACUACUGACAGAAGUAGUAAGAAAAAACAAAAGAAAAAGAAGCACGUGAAAAUUGAAACAAUAUUAUUCGAUGCUCCUGAAUUAAUUUUAUCAGAUAUAAACAAGAAGGCAAACGAUACUAUGCAAUCUUCAACAGCACAAGAAGAAAAACAAGAAGAAAAUGAAAUACAAUAUGAAGCAUCAUCUGCACAUCCAAAUGAACCACAACAACAAGAGUCAUAUAUACAAAAACUACACAUUCCUUCUGGCGCUCCUUGGUAUUCAAGUCAAUAUAAAGUAGCUUCUACUGAAUCUGAUCGACUCUUCCCAACUCAGCAUUCUUCAACUUCUCCUGAUGAACAACACAAUCAAGGUCAACAACAACUACAAGUUAUGAAUGAUGACUAUUCAUGGUAUUCAAGUCAUUAUAGUAUUAUUGAUGCCGAAACAAAUCUUGAUCGAUUUUAUAGUCAGCUGCUAGUCAAAGAACAAUCAUCAGUUGCAACAACUGUUAACAAUAAGAACGAAGAUCUCAACAUACAAAACAACAAACCACAAGAUGAUGAUGAUGAAUUUCAUAUUGUACAACGCCGAAAACGUAUACCUUCGUCGACAACACAUGAUCAAUCAGUGCCAUCAUCCACGAUGAUCAAUAUAUCACCACUUAGUCCUGACAUAGAUCUUGAACCAUUUAUUCUUCAUGGAAAUCCCAAUAUAUCAGCACCUAUCCCACCAAUUACUGAACAAACUACUGAUAGAGGUAGUAAGAAAAAACAGAAGAAAAAGAAAAAAGAUAAAAUUGAUGUGAUUGUAUUCGAUGCUCCUGAAUUAAUUUUAUCAGAUAUAAACAAGAAGACAAACGAUACUAUGCAAUCUUCAACAACAAAAGAAGAAAAACAAGAAGAAAAUGAAAUACAAUAUAAAGAACCAUCUGUACAUCCAAAUGAACAACAACAACAAGAGUCAUAUAUACAAAAACUACAUAUUCCUUCUGGCGCUCCUUGGUAUUCAAGUCAAUAUAAAGUAGCUUCUACUGAAUCUGAUCGACUCUUUUCAACACAGCAUUCUUCAGCUUCUCCUAACGAACAAUACAAUCAAACUCAACCACAACUACAAGUUAUGAAUGAUGACUAUUCGUGGUAUUCAAGUCAUUAUAGUAUUAUAGAUGCUGAAUCAAAUCUUAAUCGCUUUUACAGUCAACUAAAUCCUCCCAAGGAACAUUCAUCAACUCCACCAACUGCCAACAUAAAGAAUAACAAAACAGAAGAUGACAGUAACGAUGAAUUUCAUAUUGUACAACGACGUAAACGUAUACCUUCAUCGACAACACAUGAUAAAACAUUAGCAUCAUCUACGAUCACCACCAAAUCACCUCUUGGCCCUGACAUUGAUCUUAAACCAUUUAUUCUUCAUGGAAAUCCCAGUGUACCUGUACCUAUUCCACUAAUUGCUGAACAAACUACUGAUAGAAGUAGUAAGAAAAAACAAAAGAAAAAGAAAUAUGACAAAAGUAAUGCGAUAUUAUACGAUGCUCCUGAAUUAAUUUUAUCAAAUAUGAACAAGGACAUAAGCAAUACCCUACAAUCUCAAAUAGCUCUGGAAGAGAAUUGCGAAAAAAAUAUUAGCGUGACCAAAAUACCAUUAUUAAGUGAAACAUUCAAUGAUGAAGUUAAACAAAUAUAUGAAGACUCAUCUAUACUUUCAAGCAAACUACAGCAAGAAACUCAAGCAACGUCAAUUAGUUAUACUACUCAAAUGACCAAUGAGGCAGAUAACAAGAGGAAUGAAUCGAAAUUACUAUCUGCUCAAGAUAUGUCUACAUCGAAUGCUGCCCAGAUUAAUACUGAAACAAUGGACCAUAAAUUGAUAGAACAACAAUCAAUUCCAGAAUCCUUACGGUCUUUGAAAAAUAUAAUGGUUAAAGAUGGUAGUACUAAAGUAAUCGUUUCACCACAAGAUAAUGAAGGAUUUCAAUUAGUAACUCAUAGCAAACGGGUACAUCCAGAAACAAGACGUGAAAAGACAUCAUCAUCACCAUCAACUGUUACACAGCAAAUGCUCACUACCUUUGCCGAAAUAGAAAAGAAAACAAAGAAAUCUAAAAAUGAUAAACAAAAGAUUAUCUCAUCAUCAAGUUCCGAUUCAUUACAAACUGAUCGACAUUCAACAGAACAAGAAACAAUUUUACAAUCUUCAAUUCCAUGUUCGUCUAUUACCGAUAGUUUGAAUGUGUUAUCCGAAACCAAACUACCGUCAACUACAAAAACAAUGGUAAUUGAUACAAAACCUUCUAUAUGUCUUGAAGAGAAUGAAGAUAAUGAAGGCUUUCAAGUUGUACAUCAUCACAAGCAUAUAAAAUCAACACCGAGAUCAGAAAAAACUUCAGUUUCAUCACCGACAAAGAAUACAUCCAUUCAAAAUAUUAGUCAUGAUAUUGAUCUAAAACCUGCAAUAAUUCACGGACAUCAGAAUUCAACAUCGCAAUCAACUCUCCACACAAGCACUAUUGUUGAAACUCUUCCCAAUGAAAAAAAACAAGUGCCAGUAAAGCAACAGCAACAGAAGAAGACGAAGAAACAAAAAUCAUCAUUUAGCACAUCGCUUCAAUCAACGUCGACUAGUGAAGGUGAUAGCUAUGAAAUACCUACAAAAAUCAAAGAAGAAACCGAAAAAUCACAAUCAACACUUGAUAAUCAUGGGCAACACUUAAAAGAUCCUACGUACACAACAAGUUUUGAUAAGAAUAUCAAAGUAAAUCAAGUACCUGUUACAGAACACUCGAUCAAGCAAAUCGUUAACGAAUGUCCUGUAUUACCUGACAAUCAGAUUAAAACUACAGAUAAACAGUCAUUAACUAAUCAAGUUAUCUCAUCUACAACAAUUAGUACCAGUAAUAUUGGUAUUGAAAGAUCCACAUUGAUCGACGACGACCAUGAUAAUGAAUUUAAAGUUGUGUCUAGUCAUAAACGUACACCUUCAUCAGCAGCUUCAACGAUGUUCACGAUAUCCGAGGAAAAAUCACACAAACUAGAAAAUAUCAAAGAAGAUAUUCCAUCAUCAUCAUCAACAAUGGAUAUCAAUUUUAUUCCUCUAUCUAUAGAAGAAACUAGAGAUCGAAAUGCAAAUUAUACUAUCCAAAAAGUUCCCGAACCUAUUAUUUUAGCUGCAAAUACCGAUGAAACAUCAUCAACCGAUACUACAUGUGAUUCUAUUACUUCUCAAAUAAAUGAAUCAAUACCAGAAACAUAUAUCAGUCAAGAUUCAUUAAAAUCAAUUGUAUUUACACGAACCAGUGAAUUUCAUGACAAAGCCAAUGAUCUUCCAACUGCAGAACAAAUAGAAACGUCAACAAGUAAAACACCUGCAAAAAGACGAAAGAAGAAACUACGAAUAAAAGAAAAAACUGAUGAUGAAAAUGCGUCAACUACUUCAGCCAGUGCAACUAGUACCAAAAACAAUUCACAUAUUAAUAAUAAAUCCACUGUUCAAAAAUUGAAUCAUGAAGAACAAGAAUCUAAAGCAACAAAUCAAUCAUUUAAUACAUCAGAUAUUUCAUCAGUCAAACAACUUAAACCUCAACAAAUACCAAUAAAGAAUACAUCUAUUCCUUCGUCUUCAUCAUUAAAACAAACAACUGAAUUUUCUACUUUACGUUCAACACAUUUUAAUGAAGAACAACAUUCUCAAAUUGAAACAAAUAAUAAAUUAGAUUUAUUCUUACCUGAAUAUAUGCGUCAACAAUUAAGUACAAGUCAAUCAAGUUCAUCAUCAAUAGUACAGUCAAAAGAUGAACGAAAUAUUCCUUCAGCAACAACAAUAACAGCAUCUGAUAUUAUUCGUAAGAAGAAACAACGACCAAGUAUGCUUACAAAAGACCAUGAAGCUAAAAGUUUAUUAACAAAUGAAUUCGAUAUAAAUCCUGAUAAACAACUUAAUCAAGAAAUUGUUUUAACUAAUGAUACUACUAUUGAUGAAGAUGAUGAAAAUAUUCAUGAUGAUGAUGAUGAAUUUAUUGUUCAAAAUUUUGAUAAUGAAAAUAAAUUAACUAAUAAUUCACCUGAACAAAAUAUUGAUAAUAUUCUAACACGUGGUUUUUAUCUUUGGUUACAUGAAGGUCAAGCAUUAUCUCAAAAGAAUAAUAAAGUUUCAUCAUCAACUAGUAAAGACUUACCUAAUGCUAUGCAACAAAUUGUUAUUCAACCGACCGAAACUGAUGAAGAUGAAGAUUCAUGGAAUACAAAUGAAAUGAUUAAAUCAACUUAUAUGAUUGGUAUUCAAUCGGAAAAGAAAAUUCAUAUGACAAAUGCAUAUUUUAUCAAUCAUCCUCGAUCUGUUUCAAUACCUUCAUGGUUAAUAGCACAAGCCAAUGAUAAUACAUUUCGUGAUGAUACGAAAAAAUCUCAUUCAGAUGAUGAAGAUGAUUCAACUAAAAAUACAUCGUACAAAAAAAAUUCUUAUAAAACUGAUACAGAAUUCUCAAUAAUGAAAAAAUCAAAUUCAAAUAAUGUACAACAAUGUUUAAAUAAACAUUUCUAUCAACAAUUCAACAAGAAUAAUCUUCGUAGAAUUAAUUUUGAUGAUUGGGCACAUUUUCUUGAACAUAAAACUGAAAAUAAUUUAUCAACAUCGUUAGAAUAUUUCUAUACUCGAACAUUUGAUGAAGAUACUUUAAUAUCGGAAUCAUUACCUAUUGAACAUUCAAUUAAACAUGAAAAAUAUCGUUAUGGAGAUUUUUUAUUAUCUAAUAAUGAUGUUUUCGUAACUGAAUCUAAUAUUCAACAUCCAAUACAUAAAUCAAAACCACCAUCAGAAUAUUUUCAACAUUGGCCAAAACAAGAAUCAAUUUCAAUACAAGAUGAUAAUGAUGAUGAUGAAAUAUUUAUAUGUCACUCAAAAAAUGGUCUUAGCCGACGAAUGAAACUUUAA